GUAAAUACAUAAAUAAUCAAAAUAAUUAAUACAAGAAAAAAAUGAUUGUCAUGUGAAGUAGUGCUGUUUAUGCAGUUCUUGAACUUUGCUUCAUCGGACUUUGCAGCAGUUUAUUGGUGCCUGACGCGUACAGACUGAUUUAUAGACUCCUCCUUAUUAAGCGCUGGUUUUGGACGCACGGGAGCGACGCGCUCAGUGUCUCGCAUCGCUUUGGGGAAACCGGGACUACGGCGCAACAUGUAUCCAGCGCGGCGCGGGCGAACGCGUGCUGCGGACUCACAGACGUGUCGGAGCAUCAUGUCAAGGCGCACGUUAACUCUGAAGUGGAGCGCCGGAUGGAUUCUGAUGUUUUCAUUCAUCACUAACACUUGGGCGCAAGAUGAUGUCCCACCCUACUUCAAAAUGGAGCCGGUGGCAACCCAAAUCCACCUGGAAGGGAACCGGUUGGUUCUCACCUGCAUGGCUGAGGGCAGCUGGCCUCUGGAGUUUAAAUGGCUUUACAAUGGUACAGAGUUGACACGUUUCUCCCUGGAGUACAGGUAUGUAAUUCCGUCACUGGAUCGCUCCCAUGCAGGCUUCUACAGAUGUAUCGUCAGGAACAGGGUGGGAGCUCUGAUGCAGAGGAGUUCACAAGUCCAGGUCGCCUACAUGGAAGGCUUUGUGGAGGGAGAACGGUCUCAGGUGGUGUCCCAGGGGGAGGCGGCGUUGAUCUCCCCCCCACAAAUCCACAGCUUUCCGCGGCCCGGGAUCACAUGGUUCAGAGACGGGCGCAAGAUCCCCCCCAGCAGCCGCAUAGCCCUCACUUUGGACAACACCCUUGUCAUCCUGUCCGCCGUGGCCCCUGACGCGGGCCGGUACUACGCCCAGGCCGUCAACGACAAGAACGGAGAGAACAAGACCAGUCAGCCCAUCAUCCUGAAUGUAGAAAACGUCGGCGGCCCAGCAGACCCCAUCGCUCCUUCUAUUAUAAUCCCGCCGAGGAACACCAGUGUGAUGGUUGGCACGUUUGAAGUCACACUGGAGUGUGUGGCCAAUGCAAGGCCUCUCAUUAAGCUCAGCAUUACAUGGCGGAAAAACGGAGUGCUGGUAAACCGAGGCCUCCGGGACUUUGGCCGCCGUCUGACCAUCAGCGGUCCUUUGGUCAGUGACAGCGGCUACUACGAAUGUGAAGCCUCCCUCCGGAGCAGUAGCGCCCCCUCUGUCAGUGCCGGAGCAUAUCUGCACGUCCUGGGUAUCGCCCCAAACAUCACGGCCGGCCCUUCUGACAGCGCUGUGAUUGAUGGCAUGUCCAUCAUUUUACACUGUGAGACCUCAGGGGCCCCACGGCCCGCAAUCACAUGGCAGAAAGCUGAUCGGGUUUUGGCAAGCGGCUCCGUGCAGUUGCCGCGUUUCACUUUGCUGGAGUCUGGCAGUCUUCUGAUCAGCCCCUCUCACCUGUCUGACGCUGGAUCCUACACCUGCAUGGCCAGUAACUCCCGCGGCAUUGAUGAAGCCUCGGCCGAUCUGGUGGUGUGGGCUCGAACGCGGAUCACUAAUCCACCUCAGGACCAGAGCGUGAUCAAGGGCACAAAAGCAGCCAUGACCUGCGGGGUGACCCAUGACCCCAGCGUUACAGUCAGGCACAUCUGGGAGAAAGGAGGAGCGGCUAUUGACGUGAAAUCGAGCCCUCGCUUGCGACUCGACUCCAACGGCACCCUGCAUUUAUCUCAGACCUGGUCAGGAGACAUUGGGACCUACACCUGUAAAGUCACAUCUGUGGGAGGCAAUGAUUCUCGCAAUGCUCACCUGAGAGUCAGGCAGUUGCCUCAUGCUCCAGAGAACCUCAUCGCCACCCUCAGCAGCUCAGAGAGACGAACCAUCAACCUGACCUGGGCCCAGGCCUUUGACGGGAACAGCCCGCUCAUCCGUUACAUCCUGGAGGUGUCAGAGAACAACGCACCUUGGACUGUGCUCUUGGCCAACAUUGAUCCAGAAGCCUCCAGCGUGAUUGUGGGGGGCCUCAUCCCGGCACGUUCUUACCAGUUCCGCCUGUGUGCCGUCAACGACGUGGGGAAGGGCCAGUUCAGCAGGGAGACGGUGCGCCGUUUCACAUGGAGUGCUCCAAGCCCACAGUUCAUCAACGGAAUCAACCAGGGAUACAAGCUGUUGGCAUGGGAACCAGGCCACGAGGAAGAUGUUACCUUGGUUACUGUGAGACCCAAUUUUCAAGACAGUGUUCAUGUAGGUUACAUCGCCGGACUGAAGAAGUUUACGGAGUACUUCACCUGCGUGUUGUGCUUCACUACGCCGGGAGAUGGCCCUCGUAGCACUCCGCUGCGCACACGCACCCACGAAGACACUCCUGGACCUGUAGGUCACCUGAGCUUCACAGAAAUCCUGGACACAUCUCUCAAAGUCAGCUGGAAAGACCCGCCGGAGAAGAACGGCAUCCUCACAGGGUAUCGCAUUUCCUGGGAGGAAUUCAACAGAACAAACACUCGCGUCACGCAUUACCUGCCCAACUUGACACAGGAGUACCGGGUCACCGGUCUGACCGCGCUCACUACCUACACCAUUCAGGUGGCCGGUAUGACUUCCAAAGGUCAAGGUCAGCUGUCGUCCUCCACCAUUUCCUCUGGUGUGCCACCAGAGAUGCCUGGACCUCCUACCAACAUUGCCAUCUCUAACAUCAGCCCGCGUUCAGUAACCCUGCAGUUCAAACCAGGCUAUGACGGCAAAACAUCCAUCUCAUGCUGGCUGGUAGAGGCUCAGAUCGGUGUUAUCGGAGAAAACGAGGAGUGGGUCAUGGUCCAUCAGCUGGCCAGUGAGCCUGAUGCAAGAUCCCUUGAGGUCCAGGGCCUCAACCCCUACACGUACUACAGAUUUCGAAUGAGGCAGGUGAAUAUAGUAGGCACAAGCCCACCCAGCCAGCCAUCUAGGAAGAUCCAGACCCUACAGGCUCCUCCUGACAUCGCCCCCGCAAACAUCACUCUCCGCACGGCCAGCGAGACCAGCCUGUGGCUCAGAUGGGUGCCGCUGCCAGAGUGGGAAUACAAUGGCAAUCCAGAGCUGGUGGGCUACAGGGUGCAGUACUCUCGACUAGGCUCCAAGGCUGGGGUCCUGUCCCACAUCAUUCCUGACAGGCAGGAGAGGGAGUUUACCAUUGAGGACCUGGAAGAGUGGACAGAAUACGAAGUCAAAGUGCAGGCGUUCAAUGGCAUCGGGCCAGGACCGUGGAGCCAACCAGUUAACGGGAGAACCAGAGAGUCAGCUGGCAGCACAGUCGGUAACACGUUUUUACCAUCACAUAUUCGCAGGCUCAAGCCUUUCACUUCCUACCAGUUCAGAGUGAAAGCCACUAAUGAUAUUGGGGACAGCGAGUACAGCGAGGAGAGCGAGGCAAUCACCACUCUACAGGACGCACCCGACAAAGCUCCCACAAUCCUCUCUGUGACACCACACACCACCACAUCUGUGUUGGUCCGCUGGAAGCCGCCCCCUGAGGAGGAGAUCAAUGGUAUUUUGCUUGGUUUUCGAGUACGCUACAGAGAACUGCGAUAUGACCGCCUACGCAGCUUCACGGUGCGCACAGUUAAUAGCCCGUCUGCCAACUGGGCCGAGCUCACAGCCCCCUACAGCAUGAGGAACCUGACCGAAUCCUCACUUACCCAAUACGAGCUGGACAAUCUGAAUAAACACAAGCGCUAUGAGAUCCGACUGAGCGUGUAUAACGCAGUAGGGGAAGGGCCCACCAGCUCGCCACAGGAAGUGUUCGUGGGAGAGGCGGUGCCCACCGCUCCACCUCAGAAUGCCGCUAUCCAGUCCUCAACAGCUACUCAGCUUGAUGUCACAUGGGACCCUCCUCCAGUGGAGGCCCAGAAUGGGGAUAUUCAAGGCUAUAAGAUUUAUUAUUGGGAGUUUCAGCUGCAGAAUGAGACUGAGCGACUCCGCACUCUCUUUCUGCCGGAGCUGAGCGUGAAGCUGAAGAACUUGACUGGCUACACCAACUACAUGAUCAGCGUGGCUGCUUUCAACGCGGCAGGCGACGGCCCGCGCUCGCUGCCCACCAGAACUCCUGAAACAUUGACUGAGCGACUCCGCACUCUCUUUCUGCCGGAGCUGAGCGUGAAGCUGAAGAACUUGACUGGCUACACCAACUACAUGAUCAGCGUGGCUGCUUUCAACGCGGCAGGCGACGGCCCGCGCUCGCUGCCCACCAGAGGGCGCACUCAGCAAGCAGCUCCAAGCGCUCCUAGUUUUAUCCACUUUAGUGAACUCACCACCACCUCGGUCAACAUGUCCUGGGGUGAGCCCAAGCAGCCCAACGGCAUCGUGGAAGGGUACCGUGUGGUCUAUGAGCCCUGCACGCCUGUGGAUGACUCCUCUCCUCACAAUUCAGGUGUCAGUAAGGUUGUCACUGUGGAUGUGAAGGGCAGCGCCCCCUUGUGGAUGAAAAUCAAGGAUCUGGCCGAUGGCGUGACCUACAACUUCCGCAUCCGUGCUAAAACCCUUACCUAUGGCCCAGAGAUCGAAGCCAACAUCACCACUGGCCCUGGAGAAGGUGCUCCAGGGCCUCCGGGGGAGCCGUUUAUCUCUCGUUAUGGCUCGGCCCUGACUCUCCACUGGUCCAGCGGUGACCCUGGCCGUGCUCCCGUCACACGCUAUGUUAUCGAAGCAAGACCAUCUGAUGAAGGACUGUGGGAUAUUCUAAUCAAAGACAUCCCUAAAGAGGUGACAUCCUACACUCUUAACCUGGAUACCCUCAGAGAAGGGGUCACCUAUGAUUUCCGUGUAAUUGCGGUGAAUGACUAUGGCUACGGUUCUCCAAGUGCUCCUUCUCCUUCAAUAUCAGCCCAAAAGGUCUCCCCCUUUUAUGAGGAAUGGUGGUUUCUGGUGGUUAUUGCUCUCGUGGGCCUCAUUUUCAUCCUUCUGCUCAUCUUCAUCCUCAUCAUACGGGGGCAGAGCAGAAAAUACACCAAGAAAACAGACUCAGGUGCCCACUCGAAUUGCACAUCUCUGCCCCUCUCCCAUGGAGAGAUGGUACGGCUGGAUGAAGGACGCUUCCCUGCCCUGGAGCUCAACAACCGUCGACUCUCGGUCAAAAAUUCCUUCUAUCGUAAGAACGGAAUCUACACUCGAUCUCCACCACGACCCAGUCCAGGCAGCCUGCACUAUUCUGAUGAAGAUGUCAGCAUCAAAUACAAUGACUUGGUCCCAGCCGAGAGCAGCAGCCUGACCGAGAAGCCUUCAGAAGUGUCUGACUCACAGGUGAUUCACCCCAACAAGUGCAGCGAUAGCGAAUACGAAUUGGAUCCAAGCCGGCAGAAGACCCACUCCUUCGUCAACCACUACAUCAGUGACCCCACCUACUAUAAUUCCUGGCGCCGGCAGCAGAAGGGUGUCUCUCGGCCUCCAGCGUACGGCUACGCCCAGCCCGACACGGUGGCGGAACAAGAGUCCCGACCCCACCCGCCCCCGCUGCCACCGUUACCACCUCUGCUGCCCGGAACAAGAGUCCCGACCCCCCCCGCCCCCACUGCCACCGUUACCACCUCUGCUACCCCACAGCAAUCCAUCCCCGCAGCCCCAGGGCCAGGGCACCCUGUUCAGGCCCAAGGGCAGCCGGACUCCCACCCCGUCACUGCUGACCUCUGA